UUUAAUAUGUCUAUUUUGUAGAGGCUCCAAAUUUUCGAAAAUUUGGAGCCUCUACAAGAUAGACAUAUUAAAAACUCGACAGCUUAUGAGGGAAGCCCUUCAAGUGUUCAAUCAAUUUUGAGUCGAGACCGUGUAUAUUCAAAUAAGCUAUUCAUAUUCGGAAAAGAGUUCGCAUCCUUAGCUUAUUGCUACGAAGAUACUGCACUUGUAUGAAUGCUAGGACAGAUGAUCGUCGACAAAUCGUUGCAACAUUUCAUUAUGUCAGAUAUUUCUAUAUCUGAAGUCGACUUCUUAAAGUAUGGUCUAAGAGUGGGAGUUUUAGAGUGCAUGUGUGGGCUCCGAGUUUAGAAUGCGAUUGUGGAGCUUGAGUGUUAUUGUGGAUUUAGACGCAGCUUUGGGUGUAAUUUGAGGACAGCGGGGGAAUCUUCUAUGAGUUAGGGUGGUUAUAACUGUCUGCACUAUACACAACCCACAUCUAAAGGUACAUACGGAAACUCAUCCACGCGCCCACACUGGUACCUUACAACCCCGCGUCGGCAUCCUGUACCCAUACCCUUGCAUCAUACUUUAUGAAGUCGACUUCAGAUAUAGAAAUAUCUAGCAUAACGAAAUGUUGCAACAUUUUGUCCAUGUGAUGAUUUGUCCAGUCACCGUAUGUGGUGGAGGAAACCCAAACAAUUGAGUGCAAGAACUCUGUGUCAGGUCGACUUUCUAUCCAGAACUACGGCUAGUAUAUGUUGUAGGAAAGGUAUAUGGCUAUUAAAUCUGUUGCUAAGCUGCACAUCCCAACCCGUAAGGUAGUUGAAAGGCAGAAGGUAUUCAUCUUCCUAAGAAGAUUCAGAAUGAUGAAGAAUAUACUCUAAUAAUAAUUCUAUUCUCAAGAAGUGAUUAAAAACAAACAAGAUUUUUGAAGUAUGAAUUUUAUUUUUUGUUUAGGAACCAUUGUAUUUCUUUCGUGUUAUAUAUGAUAUGAUGUUCUUCUUUAUUGUUAUAAUUAUAACUUUAAAUUUAAUUUUUGGUGUUAUUAUUGAUAAUUUUGCUGAUUUACGUACAGAAAAACAAAGAAAUGAUGAAAUACUUCGUAAUACAUGUUUUAUUUGUGGACUUGAUCGUAAAUCAUUUGAUAAUAAACAUGUAACAUUUGAAGAUCAUAUACGUAAAGUUCACAAUAUGUGGAAUUAUGUUUAUUUUAUGGUUUUAAUUCAUGUUAAAGA